AGAUUCAGGUGCUGAGCAGGAUGCGGGGCCGCGUGGCAGGGAGCUGCGCUCCCCUGGGCCUGCUUCUGGUCUGUCUUCGUCUCCCAGGCCUCUUUGCCCGGAGCAUUGGUGCUGUGGAGGAGAAAGUUUCCCAAAACCUGGGGACCAACUUGCCUCAGCUUGGACAACCUUCCCUGACUGGCCCCCCUAACUCUGAACAUCCUCAGCCUGCUCUGGACCCGAGGUCUAACGAUUUGGCAAGGGCUCCUCUGAAGCUCAGCAUGCCCCCAUCAGACGGCUUCCCACCCACAGGAGGCUCUGCAGUGCAGAGGUGGCCUCUGUCCGGGAGGCUGCCUGCCGUGUACUCCUGGCCCCCUGAGGAUCCUUGGCUGAUGAUGGCUGCUGCGGCUGCGGACCGCCUGGGGGAAGCGCUGCCUGAAGAACUCUCUUACCUCUCCAGUGCUGCGGCCCUCGCUCCAGGCAGUGGCCCUUUGCCUGGAGAGUCUUCUCCUGACGCCACAGACCUCUCACCUGAGGCUUCACACCUCCACCAGGACUCGGAGUCCAGACGACUGCCCCGUUCUAAUCCACUGGGACCCGGGGGAAAAAUCCUUUCCCAACGCCCUCCCUGGUCUCUCAUCCACAGGGUUCUGCCUGAUCACCCCUGGGGGACCCUGAAUCCCAGUGUGUCCUGGGGAGGUGGAGGCCCUGGGACUGGUUGGGGAACGAGGCCCAUGUCACACCCUGGGGGAAUCUGGGGUAUCAAUAAUCAACCCCCAGGUACCAGCUGGGGAAAUAUUAAUCGGUAUCCAGGAGGCAGCUGGGGGAAUAUUAAUGGGUAUCCAGGAGGCAGCUGGGGGAAUAUUCAUCUAUACCCAGGUAUCAAUAACCCAUUUCCUCCCGGAGUUCUCCGCCCUCCUGGCUCUUCUUGGAACACCCCAGCUGGCUUCCCUAAUCCUCCAAGCCCUGGGUUGCAGUGGGGCUAGAGCACAUAGAGGGAAACCCAACAUUGGGAGUUAGAGUCCUGCUCCCGCCCCUUGCUGUGUGGGCUCAAUCCAGGCCCUGUCAGCAUGUUUCCAGCCCUAUCCCCACUUUUCAAUGCCUCCCUUGCUCAUCUCCAAUAAAAUAAAAGCACUUAUGG